UCUCCUAGCAACGGGGGAGCAGCUACGUCAUGGUGGCGGGUUCUCAGCGCUGGGCCAGGUGGAACCAUCAGUGCACCUUCCAGCAGCUGUAUCCGACGUCCUCCUCCGCCUUGCGCUGUCGUUCCUGCCCCGGUUGGUCCCGAGCUACCUCCCGGGAGCCUUCCCCGCACCGGCCCGCCUGCCUCGGCCUUGGCCGCGGUGGGACGAUGCUGGAGUCUAUUCGCGUGACGGAAAAGCUUCACUGGCCUGAGCAUGAACUUGCUAAGAAGUCUGUUCUAAAUGCAGAAGAGGCAUUGAUCAUUGACAGCCAAAGAAGCUUUUCAAGUUUGUCCUCUGGAGUGCUCAAGGACACUUUUACAACUGGAACCAGUAGUUACAAUGUUCUACUACAAAGCAAGGAGGAGAGAAAGCACCAUUCACAAAAGCAGUUUUCCUCUACCUUCUCCAAAAGACGUAGAAAGCCCAGCAGAUCUCCUAGUUCCUCUCAUAGCAAAGAUUCUCACAGGAUGACAGCCCUGGUGCCUGUGACCAGCAGUGGUACUUGGUACUGCCUGGACAGGCAGUCUGCUGUUUUUGUCCCUAGUCCAGUACCAAGUCCUGUAAAGUUUACCCGUGGUAUCUCUGUUACAGGGAGCAGCCUAGCACUGCCACCUAAACCGAAAAGCAAGGUGAGCCACCGCAGUGUCACCCCCGUCCCAAAGCCCAAGCAGCAGCCUCAGUUGUGUAGAAGCUUUGAGAAGGGAGAUGAGCUUUCUGGGAAGAAGCUCUGUAUCCUUACUGCCAUAAAGCCCACCAACCUGGAGAAAGAAAAGCUACGGUUCUUCAAGUCGGACUAUACUUACAACCCUCAGUUUGAAUAUGCCAACCCCGCUCUGCCUGGUGUGUUAGCCAAACACAGCAACGCCUCUGACCGAUUUCUUAAGCAGUCCAUCAAUAUUAUGGAGCUGACUUUACAGAAAUACGGAAGUUAUGAGAAAUUCGAACAAGCUACUGGUGGUAGCUUGUUGUCUAAAACUCGAAUCUGGAGUCAUGUUAGGAAGUACAUGGUGAAGGAAGGCUGCCUAGGAGAGAUUGUAGUUCAUCUCACUGAAGACCUGCUUUCCAGGGCAUCCAUGACAGUGGUAAAUGGAUGCCCAACUCUAACCAUCAAUAUUUCUACUGCGCGAGAGCAUUGGCUGGAGGGGAUGCUGAGGCAUGAGAUAGGCACGCAUUACUUUCGGGGAAUUAACAACCUCCAGCAGCCAUGGAACAGUUGGAUUGGCCGCAAAAAACAUGAGCUAAAGCCAAACAACCCUACAGAGGAAGGGCUGGCCAGCAUUCAUAGUGUCCUGUUCAGAAAAGACCCCUUCCUAUGGAGGGCUGCCCUCCUUUACUAUACAGUGUAUCAAGCCAGCCAGAUGUCUUUCUGUGAACUCUUUAAAGAUAUCGGCAAGUUUGUCAAGGACCCUAAUACAAGAUGGGAUUACUGUGUAAGAGCCAAGAGAGGGUGGACUGAUACUUCCCAGCCAGGGUGUUUCAGUAAAGACCAGGUGUACUUGGAUGGAAUCCUUCAAAUCCUUCGAUUCAGAGAGUCCAUAGACUUUCAUCUGCUGACUGCCCUGGGCAAGGUAUCUUAUGAAGAUGUGGAUCGCUUAAAAGGGUUGGCAGUUACUGAGAACAUGAGAGUGCCCCACUUCCUGCAAGACCACAGCCGCUACAUGGAGCACUUGGAGAGGAUCAUGGAGGUGAACGAGCUGACUGAUGCCGAGCUGAAAGACCUCAUCUAAGCAGUGACAGCGACUCCUCCAUGGCUGCUAGUGGCUGGGGCACCUAGCGCCUGCACUGUAGAGGAGAGUGGUGGCUGAGCUCAGCUUUCCGAAGACCAGCCCUCAGUAUCCAGCUGAAAUUUAGGUUAUAUGUAAACCUGAAACUAUUUUCCUAAAAUGUUUCUAUAGUCUGCAGGUGGAAGUCACUUCUCUUCAUCCAGGUCUCAGCAGAGACAAAUGGAGAUUGCUGCUGCUGAAGACUCCGGGAUGAACUGUAAACCUGAGCACCGAGGCCAGCUCCAGGUUCCACGCUGUACUGUACAAACUCCAAGGUUCUAGUUCCUCUGCUAAACAGUGGUGAUGGUUCUUCUUCAAAAUACUCAUUUUGUAACUCGCCAAAAGGCUGGCAAUAUCUAAGAGUUCUUAUUUUUCCUAUGGUCCCUGCCAACUUCCCACAGCAA